AUGGGCAGCAUCAAGCGUAUAUCCAAGGAGCUGACUGAGCUCACCGAAUCCCCUCCGGAAGGGAUCACGGUUGAACUAGCCGAUGAGUCGAACGUGUACGAGUGGAAGAUCACUAUGGAGGGACCUGAAGGCUCACCAUAUCACAAUGGCAAGUUCCUAGUCAAGCUCUCCCUACCCACGGAAUACCCCUUCAAGCCACCGACAGUCUCCUUCGCAACGAAAAUCUACCACCCGAACGUAACAAACGACGAAAAAGGAAGCAUGUGUCUAGGGAUGCUGCGAGCCGACGAAUGGAAACCCAGUUCGAAGAUCGCCGCAGUCCUUGAGUUCGCCCGACAGCUACUAUCUGAGCCGAUGCCCGACGACGCCGUUGAAGGACGGAUCGCAGAGCAGUAUAAAAACGACCGGGUGCGCUACGAGGAGGUUGCGCGGGAGUGGACUCGCAAGCAUGCUUGUUGA